AUGGAUCGGUUCAACCGCAUGCUUGCUGCGGCACAUAUGGGUGGCGGCCAAGCUGGACAAGACACAAACCUAGUCGACAACUCAGAGACCGUCUACAUUUCCUCCCUCGCCCUCCUAAAGAUGCUCCGCCACGGCAGGGCGGGUGUUCCGAUGGAAGUCAUGGGACUUAUGCUCGGCGAGUUUGUGGAUGAUUUCACGGUCCGAGUUGUCGAUGUCUUCGCGAUGCCGCAGUCAGGAACUUCCGUCAGCGUCGAGUCCGUCGACCCGGUCUUUCAAACAAGGAUGAUGGACAUGUUACGCCAGACAGGACGUCCAGAGGUGGUGGUGGGAUGGUACCACUCCCAUCCUGGUUUCGGAUGCUGGUUGUCUUCGGUCGAUAUCAACACGCAACAAUCGUUCGAACAACUGACACCCCGCGCCGUGGCUGUUGUCGUCGACCCCAUUCAAUCCGUCAAGGGCAAAGUCGUCAUCGACGCGUUCCGGCUCAUUAACCCCCAAGCCAUCAUGAUGGGGCAAGAACCCCGUCAAACAACGUCGAAUUUGGGCCAUCUGAACAAGCCUUCAAUCCAAGCGCUCAUUCACGGGUUGAACCGACAUUACUACAGCAUCGGAAUUCAGUACCGCAAGACCGGCUUGGAAGAGAACAUGCUCAUGAAUCUCCAUAAGGAAGUCUGGACCGAAGGUCUCGAACUACCCUCAAGCUUUGGUUCGGAACGCAAGAGAAACGAAGAAGGUCUGAAACAACUCGUCCAACUCGCUGAAGGCUACGAGAAACGUGUACGAGAAGAGAACGAAUUGACCGCUGAACAACUCAAGACAAGAUAUGUGGGAAAGGUUGAUCCGAAGAAACAUAUCGAGGAUGUUGGACAGAGGUUGAUUGAAGACAACAUUGUCGCGGUGAACAGGCAGAUGAUCGACAAGGAGGCAAGCGUGGCGAAGAAGCCCGUGCAGGCAAACGGCAAAGGCGCAAAUGGUACCCAUCGAGACCGAGGGGAGCACAACGGAGAGAUGGACGUGGAUGAGGAGCUGUGA